AUGUCUGAAAAUAGUCCUGCACCCGUCCUUGCAAAUAAACCAGUUAACACAGGUAUCACUGGCAGCAACACUGCUUCUGCUACCGCUGAAAAUGAUUCUGGAGAUGAAUAUUUAUCUCAAGAAGAAGAAGUCUUUGAUGGUAACGAUAUUGAGAAUAAUGAAACUAAAGUCUAUGAGGAAAGUUUGGAUUUAGAUUUAUCUCGUAGUAAUAGACAAGUUUGGUUAGUUAGAUUACCCAUGUUUCUAGCGGAAACUUGGAGAGAUCGUAAUAAUUUACAUGGACAAGAAUUGGGGAAAAUUAGAAUUAAUAAAGAUGGUAGUAAAAUUAAAUUAAUAUUGAAUGAAAAUGAAAAUGAUACUAUACCGCAUGAAUAUGAUUUGGAAUUGACCAAGAAGAUUGUGGAGAAUGAAUAUGUAUUUACUGAACAAAAUUUAAAGAAAUAUCAACAACGUGAAAGAGAAUUGGCUGCUGAUCCUGAAAAGCAAAGACAGGCUUAUUUGAGAAAGCAAGAGCGUGAGGAAGAAUUAAAGAAGAAGCAACAACAACAAAAGAGGAAAAAUCAUAGGAAAAGAUUCAAUCAUAGAGUUAUGACAGAUAGAGAUGGUAGAGAUCGUUAUAUUCCAUACGUAAAGACUAUCCCAAAGAAGACUGCAAUCGUGGGGACAGUAUGUCAUGAAUGUCAAGUCAUGCCUUCCAUGAAUGACCCAAACUAUCAUAAAAUUGUGGAACAAAGAAGGAAUAUUGUCAAGACUAAUAAUAAGGAAAGAAUUACUACUUUGGCCGAGACUGUUGGUGUUACUAUGAGCCAUACAGGUAUGUCAAUGAGAUCUGAUACAUCUAAUUUCUUGAAAGUUGGCCGUGAAAAGGCAAAAAGCAAUAUCAAAUCCAUUCGUAUGCCAAAGAAGGAAAUUUUGGAUUAUCUAUUCAAGUUAUUUGAUGAAUAUGAUUAUUGGUCCUUAAAAGGUUUGAAAGAAAGGACAAGGCAACCAGAAGCUCACUUGAAGGAAUGUUUGGACAAAGUUGCCAUUUUAGUUAAGAAGGGACCAUAUGCUUUCAAAUAUACAUUAAGACCAGAAUAUAAGAAAUUAAAAGAAGAAGAAAGAAAGGCUACUCUGGGAGAAUUGGCAGAUGAUCAAACUGGAGGUGGUCAAACCAAUGCACAAGGAACGAUGAGCGAAAGGGAUCAAUUAUUACAACGUCAACAAGAGGAAGAUGAUGCUGAAGAGGAAGAAAUUGAGAUGGAAGAUGUUGUUUAA